UUUCUCUAAAGCCACUUGGUAAAAAGAAACAUGAAAACCCUUUCAUUUUCUGCCGUUUUCCUCUUUGUUCUCUUCUUUGCUGCAGGGAAUGAGUCAAAGAUGGAAAAUGCAAUAGGAAGCUGUGAUGUGUUUGGGCAUGGUGGAGGGUGUGACAUAAACGAAUGCUUCAAUGGAUGCAGGACCAAGUUUGGUGAAGAUGCCCAUGGCUUUUGCUUCACUGUCAAUACUCCCGACGACACUUGCAUCUGCCGUCACCCUUGUUAAUCA